AUGUUCAAAUUCGUUGCUGUCUGCUUCUUCGCUAUGGUUGCCGUCGCCGCCGCCAAGCCUGGCAUCCUGGCCGCUGCUCCUCUGGCUGCUGCCGCUCCUCUGGCCUACACCGCACCCGCUGUGGUCGGCAGCGCUGCCUAUGUGGCGCCUUAUGCCUCUAGCUAUACCGCCCACACCAUCGCCCACAGCGCCGCCUUCCCAGCUGCCUACACCGCCCCCAUCGCUCCUGCCCGCCUGGCCGCCUACGCUGCUCCAGUGUCCGCCGCCUACACCGCUCCCUUCGCGCCCGCUGCCUAUGCAUCGCCUUAUGCCGCUGCCUAUGCAUCCCCAUAUGCCUCUGCCUACACCGCCCCCCUGGCCUACAGCGCGCCUUAUGUGGCACGCCCCUUUGCCGCCGCUGCCGCCCCUCUGCUGCUGAAGAAGUAA